AUGGGGCUUGGAGCGGUUUUAACCCAGCUACAUGGAAGUGAGUGGCGUGUGAUUGGGUAUGCUUCGCGACGCCUAUCUGACGUGGAGCGGCGAUACAGCCAAACAGAGAAAGAGGCCCUAGACCUGGUAUGGGCCUCCGAACGCUUUAACAUGUAUGUUUUCGGCAGGGAGUUUGAGCUUGAAACGGAUCAUAAGCCUCUGGAGUACAUCUAUUCACAGAAAUCGAAGCCUUCUGCCGGUGUGGAAAGGUGGGUCCUUCGCCUACAGACCUAUCACUUUAGUGUCGUUUACAGACCAGACAAGACCAAUAUCGCAGAUGCCUUGUCUAGGCUAAAUUGUGGGUUCCAAAGUGACGACGGAGAAGAUUAUGACUUUGUGCAUACUGCGGUUGAGAGAAGUGUUCCUUGUGCUUUUACACCCGCUGAAAUAGAAAAAGCCUCAGCUGAGGAUAUGGAGCUGAACCUCAUCAAAGAAUGUGUCCAAACAGGAGAUUGCAGUCAGUGCAAUGUACCUGCACACCUGCAUGUGAAGAAUGAAUUGUGUACGUAUAGUGGGCUGCAUUUGCGGGGUUCCAGGCUAGUGAUUCCCCGAGAAUUGCGACCGCGUGUUUUGGAGUUGGCCCACGAGGGACAUCAGGGUAUUGUUAAAACAAAAUGUAGACUGCGCAGUAAAGUAUGGUGGCCCAAGAUGGAUGCUGAUGCAGAGAAGCUGUGCAGAAGUUGCCAUGGUUGUCAAGUGGUCAGUGAAUAUGCUCCCCCAAAACCUAUGGCUCGAGCUUUUCCUCCCAGUGGCCCUUGGGAAGAUUGUGCAGCUGACAUUCUGGGUCCCUUACCUUCAGAAGAAAGUGUACUGGUGGUGGUAUACUAUUUUAGUAGAUAUUUUGAAGUGGUUAUUUUGAUGUCAACUUCUAGCACAAGACUCAUUGAAGCUCUAAAACCAAUAUUAUCCCGGUUUGGAGUGCCGCAUACACUCAAGACUGACAAUGGGCCUCAACUGGUAUCUGAAGAGUUUGAAGCCUUCCUUGUAGAAAAUGGGAUAGAACACCACACAACAACUCCCCUGUGGCCGCAGGCCAAUGGAGAAGUAGAGCGUCAGAAUCGCAUAUUGAUGAAGUCAGUCUAG